AUGAGCAGUAGUAGCGAUGCAAGUCAAAAUGAAACUUGGAUCGUACAAAAGUAUGGUGGUACUUCAGUAGGAAAACAAUUACCAACAAUUGCACAACAUAUCGCUCCUUCCUAUCUUUCCAAUCCAAACGUUCGUCUUGCUAUCGUAUGUUCUGCUCGUUCAGGACAGACAAAAGCUCUUGGUACAACAAAUUUACUUUUACAAGCAGCUAAAGAAGCUUUACAACCGGAAGAUGAAAAUGAUACAGCAAGUCCGAUCGAAAGCUCUAGCUUAUCCAACUCAUUCUCAAAUCUACGUGACAGCAGCAAUGCUACUGCAAACGGUACAUUUUCCAGAUUAGCCCGUAGUGCGAGCAGAGGUGCAGCAGGGCUAGGGACAGGAUCACCACUGCCAACAUCUAAAAGAGCCGAAAGUCCUGCUACUUUGAAUUCAGCAUUAGACUCAAAAUUGAAGAGUUUAACAAUGGAAAAUUCUGCGUCCAACGGUGCUCCUAUUGCUACAGGCUACAAUGCUACUGUGGACCGUAUCAUGCACGAUCAUAUCGUUGCUGUACGAGAAGCAGUGACGAAAAAUGUGGAAGCACGGGAAAGGCUUGAACAUGAGAUCGUGGAUGAUUGUGAACGAUUACGUGACUUUUUGAUGGCUGCAAAGAUUAUUGAAGAAAUCUCACCUAAAUCUCAAGAUAUCAUCAUGUCAAUAGGGGAACGAUUAUCUUGCCGAAUUGUGGUGGGCGCUUUAUUGGACGUUGGAAUUGAUGCCGAGCUUGUAGGCAUGGAAACUGUGAUUGAUGCAAACUUCUUGGAAGAGCUACAGUCGAAAAGGGCGAGACUGGACGUCUCAAGCACAUCACAAGGAGAGGAGUAUCUAGAUCAAGCUUUCUAUGAUCUGCUAUCAGUCAAAAUGGCAGACCGACUACGAGCAGUAAAAGGAGUUCCGGUGGUAACAGGAUUCUUUGGUCAUGUGCCAGGAUCACUUUUAUCACAAGUAGGAAGAGGAUAUACGGAUCUGUGUGCUGCUUUGUGUGCCGUAGGACUGCAGGCGGCAGAAUUGCAAAUAUGGAAAGAAGUCGAUGGAGUUUUUACUGCUGAUCCACGAAAAGUGUCCACAGCAAGAUUGAUUGAUGCAAUCACACCAGAAGAAGCAGCAGAAUUGACAUACUACGGCAGUGAAGUGAUUCACCCUUUCACUAUGGAACAAGCUAUCAAAAAAGCCGUCCCGAUCAGAAUAAAAAACGUAGAAAAUCCUGAAGGAUCUGGUACGGUAAUCUUCCCACCUGCAUCUUCAAGCAAAGAUCCCGAAAAGUUGAUGGGCGCCUUCCUCAAACAGCCAAAAACGCCUGGCUCGACCAGUGGAACAACAACGCCUUGGGGAUCCAUGUCAAUGACAAGUUCUGCUAUUACAGCAGUGAUGGGAGAACCAAAAGAGCUAAGAAGACCUACUGCUGUCACGAUCAAAGAAGAUAUUUGGAUUUUAAACGUUCAUUCGAAUCGUAAAACUUUAUCGCAUGGCUUCUUUGCACGUAUAUUUACCACUUUGGAUAAACAUGGAGUUAUUGUUGAUUUGAUUUCAACAUCAGAAGUGCAUGUUUCAAUGGCUUUGCAUGGUGGUCAAGCAGGCUUGAAGCGUGGAAGGGUGGUAGACAGACUCAAAUCGGAAUUGAGUUUAUUGGGAGAAGUGUCAAUUGUGAAGGAUAUGACAAUUUUGAGUUUGGUCGGAUCGCAUAUGCGUAAUAUGGUUGGUGUUUCUGGCAAAAUGUUUAACACAUUGGCAGAAGGAAAUAUCAACAUCGAAAUGAUCAGUCAAGGUGCAAAUGAGAUUAAUAUCAGUUGCGUUAUUCAUCAAAAGAACGCUCUCAAAGCGUUAAAUAUGAUUCAUUAUUCUGUUCUUGAAGGCAGUACAAAGAUGCCAAACGCAGAAGCAGGUAAUUUUGGUCGAGCAUUUUUCUAA